AUCCAUCAUCAUCACCUUUGCACAAGAGAAUGAGAUUUCUCGUAACUCUAUGCACAAUCUGCGUAGUUUUACUAUCAAGAUGUAGAAGUUGUGAAGAUCCAGGCUCCCAGGGUCGAGCGACAGCCACUACUCUUAGUACACCAGGCCCGUCAAACUUGGAUAAAAAUCAGGUAGAAACAUCUACCAAGGAGGACCAACUCACUCCUGUUGUUACGAAUAAGCCUGGCACAGUCCAAGAUGAUUCUACUGAGUCCAAAGGGACCAGUUGUGAACAAAACGGGGAAUGGGACCUUCCCGCACUUCGUGUACCAUCCUAAUGGGUAUAUUACCAAGUAUCCAUUGGUUCAGCUACUAUUUGGAAGGCAGGUAAUACUAGUAGGCUACUACGUGUCCAUGCAUACAAGAAACGGGGCUCUUCCUUCCUCGUUCAUCUCUAUGUUAAACGUGAAAGCAUGGAGGCUCACAGAUACUUUGAAAAAGACAACGAUCAAUGGAAUGAACUGAGAAUAGAUGAUUUUAUACCAAAGUAUGAAGAGUUGGUACUUUCAAGACCAGCUGGAUUGACAGAUCCGAAUAACCUAAGGAAGGAUUCGGGUCACCUUUAUGACCAUCUAAGAGUUUUUGAUGGGAGAUUUAAAUAGCUUGGAAUUUGAGAACAUAGAUUAGAGCUAUAUAGUGAACUCUAAUCAGGUUUAAUUGUCACUAUGUUGCAAAGACCAAGUCUACACACUGAGACGUUUUAAUGCAGUUAUAAUACCGAUUAUUUCGACACAUUGUACUAAUUUGUCAUGUUUCUA